AUGAACAUCUCCAGGCUCGCACGGCCUCUGUGUAGCCUUAAGCUGGCGGCCCCUGAUGGCCUGCGACUGCUUGACUCCUUCAUCUCACCGUCAGAGCAGGAGGCGAUAGCAACACAGGUGGCGCAUAUCUUCAGGUCUGCACGGAAGAUCUGCCAUGCAGCUCAGGCAGAGAAGGCCCACAUUCCUCAACCUGCCAGCGUCAAAUCGCUCGCACACAAUCUCUCAAGCGACGAAUACUAUGUCCCGUUGAAGAUGGAACUUGAGCCAGGCUCGGCAUCGGGCAGUGCCUAUUUCCCAAAGUAUGGAGAUGAAGGGCACGAGCUGAUGUACUUUUCCAAGGGCACGGUGCAAUCCUUACCUCCGUUUGCGAAAGAUUUUAUCUACUCCAAGAUGCCAGCUCUCAGCCCCCUGGUUUCUGUGGAAGGCAAGUGGCGCCUGACUCUGAACCAUUACACUCCCCAAGGCGUUCAGCAGGAGCGUGCUUCAUCUCCGGCGACUCGACCUGGUUUUCCAUAUCACAAGGACCUGCCGGCGAAUGGGGACGUCACGAUGAUUUUGACCCUCCAAGCCAGAGGCGACAUGGAGCUGGUUCCAGAGACAGACCCGCACAGGUCGCCCAGCCAGGUCCUACUUCAUCCAGGCUCACUGCUCGUUCUAUCAGGGGAGGCGAGAUGGAGAUGGCUUCACCGGCUGCGGCCUGUCCCGGAUGAGAAACAGAGGAUGUCUGUCGUGUUUGGAUGGAGGGGACCACAAGCCGCGCACGGCUGA